CAGAAGAGCCGCCAGCUGCUGCUCCUCUCGAGUUUUACGCGUAGCCUGUUCUCCGCACCCGGAGACAGCACGUUUUGAAACCGCCAUGGAAGACAAAUCCAACUCGUUCUCGAGCAACAAAGAGGAGAAAGCGGACGGGAAUAAUGUGUUCCAGAGGCAAGACUCGAUCUUGAAGAACAGCAUGGGGAGCCAGAAUAUGAAGGACCACGGCAACUCAGUGGGUGUCAAGGGGGACCGGGAGGAAUCCAUGGUCGGUUUUGACGAUAUAGACGCUGCGUCGCGGCAAUAUGGGUUUAUGCAGCGGCAGUUUGGAGCGAUGAUGCAGCCCGGGGUGAAUAAGUUCUCCUUGCGGAUGUUCGGGAGUCAGAAAGCCGUGGAGAAGGAGCAGGAGAGAGUCCAGACGGCUGGAUAUUGGAUCAUUCACCCUUAUAGUGAUUUUAGGUUCUACUGGGACUUGAUAAUGCUCAUCAUGAUGAUGGGGAAUCUUAUUAUCAUUCCUGUGGGAAUAACCUUCUUUUCCGAACAAACCACGACCACCUGGCUCGUCUUCAACGUGGCCUCUGACACCAUCUUCCUGGUGGACCUGGUCAUGAACUUCCGAACGGGAAUUGUGAAUGAAGAGAGCUCGGAGAUCAUCCUGGACCCGAAGGUCAUUAAGAUGAACUACCUGAAAAGCUGGUUCGUGGUGGACUUCCUCUCCUCCAUCCCGGUGGAUUAUAUCUUUCUAAUAGUGGAGAAAGGUUUCGAUUCUGAGGUCUACAAGACGGCUCGGGCGCUACGUAUCGUACGGUUCACCAAAAUCCUCAGCUUGCUACGUCUUCUCAGGCUUUCACGCCUCAUCAGAUACAUCCACCAGUGGGAGGAGAUCUUCCAUAUGACGUAUGAUCUGGCGAGUGCAGUGGUAAGAAUCUUUAACCUGAUUGGCAUGAUGUUGUUGCUGUGUCACUGGGACGGCUGUCUUCAGUUCCUGGUGCCCCUCCUGCAAGACUUCCCUCCUGAUUGCUGGGUGUCACUAAAUGGUAUGGUUAAUGACUCCUGGGGGAAGCAGUACUCUUAUGCCCUAUUUAAGGCCAUGAGUCACAUGUUGUGCAUCGGGUAUGGAGCCAGGGCACCCGUUAGCAUGUCAGAUCUUUGGAUCACAAUGCUCAGUAUGAUCGUGGGUGCCACCUGUUACGCCAUGUUCGUGGGCCACGCCACAGCCCUCAUCCAGUCACUGGACUCGUCCCGAAGACAAUACCAGGAGAAGUACAAGCAAGUUGAGCAGUACAUGUCCUUCCACAAGCUGCCAGCUGACAUGCGGCAGAAAAUCCACGAUUACUAUGAACAUCGCUACCAGGGAAAGAUCUUCGACGAGGACAGCAUCCUUAACGAGCUCAACGACCCGCUCAAAGAGGAAAUCGUCAACUUCAACUGUCGUAAGUUGGUGGCCACUAUGCCGCUGUUUGCAAACGCAGACCCUAACUUUGUUACUGGAAUGCUGAGUAAACUAAAGUUCGAGGUCUUCCAGCCCAAUGAUUACAUCAUUCGCGAGGGGACCGUGGGUAAAAAGAUGUACUUCAUUCAGCAUGGAGUGGCCAGCGUCAUUACCAAAUUCAACAAAGAGCUCAAACUCACAGAUGGAUCCUACUUCGGAGAGAUCUGCCUGUUGACGAAAGGUCGCCGCACAGCUAGCGUCCGUGCAGAUACGUAUUGCCGACUUUUCUCGCUGUCUGUCGACCAUUUCAACGAAGUCUUGGAAGAGUAUCCCAUGAUGCGGCGUGCCUUCGAGACCGUGGCUAUCGACCGCUUGGAUCGAAUCGGGAAGAAGAACUCGCUCCUGCUCCAGAAAUUCCAGAAGGAUCUGAAUGCUGGCGUUUUCAACACACAGGAGAACGAGCUGCUGAAGCAGAUAAUCCGACAGGACAGGGAGAUGGUGAUGAUGGUAGAUCGGAAGCUGUCAGUCACAGGGAUGAAUUCCACGCCGAUGUCUGGAAACUCCAUCAUUAACUCUCCCGCCCAGCCACCAUUCACUACAGCAACUGCUAUUCUUGGGAGCAACCAAUUACAGCAACAGGCUGCCCCAUUGAGCUACAGCACCUCUGCAACCAUCACCCAAUCCGGCCGUGUGCCAUCCUCCCAAGGCGUCACAUUUUCGGCGGCAAGCGUAUCGCACGGGAACCUCAACACCUCUUUCCCGAAUCCCCCUACUCCCUUGCAGCAGCAGCCGCCAUCAGCGAUCAUGUCCCCAUGCUCUUUUACCACAUCCGUAUGCGGUCCCCCAGUUCAGACCCCUAUAGCUAGCCGGACAUUUCAAUACGGAUCACCGACAGCUUCCCAACUGUCCCUUGUACAGCAACCUUUACCCCAGCAGUCCUCGCCUGUUUCCAUACCCCAACAACAACCGCAACAGCAGCAACAACAGCCACAGCAAUCACAAGGGGCGUCUCCUCAAAGGAGCGAAGUCCACAAGAGCACACAUGCUCUCCAGUCAGGAAGCCUGAGCCGGGACAUACGCCAUCUCUCUGCCUCUCAGCCUUCACUCCCCCACGAGACCUCAUUGGCUGCCCGGGCACACCCCACAUCGGGCGAAUCACUUGCAUCUAUUCCUCCACCCAUGGGAUCCACGGCAGGUGUCCAGGCCCCAGGCUCUGCACUGCAAAGUGGAAUCCGCACCAACGUUCCACAGAGGGUCGCCCUUUUCCGACAGAUGUCAUCGGGUGCAUUACCGCCAGUGCGUGCAGCGCCUUCUAGUGGCCAGCACAGGGAUUCCACUGGCUCCAGAAGAGAGUCAGUUUUAAGCAGUACAGAGACGGAACAAGACAAGGUGCGAUUUGCAUCGAAUUUAUGAUCCCGUUUUACCUUUUUUCCUGUUUAUUUAUUUUUUUUUAAAUAUUUUAAUUGGUUUUUAUGUAUAUACAAAAAAAAAAAAAAAAAAAUGGGGGAAAAGACUCAAGUAUUUUUUCUUUCUCCAACUUCCUCUGAAAAAAAAUAACCUCAUAGCUAUCCUGUACAGAAUUUCCUUGUACAAUAUUUUAGACACAAUUCCCCUUCAACUUAAGAAUGUAUAUUAUACAAAUAUAUAUGUGCAAAUCCAACUAGAAUAUUUGGCGUUGACCAUAUUGGAAAAACUCUAGGACAAACGCAAGUCUUCCUCUCAAACAUAUGUGACUAUAAUGUUUCGGAAGAUUCUGUUCAUUUUUCUUAUGGUUUGGAUUCAUCAUUUUUGGUAUAGGAAUGCAAUGUGUCUGGGAAUGAUGUUUUUACAUUUUGUUUUCUGUUUUUUUUGCGUUGAGAACAUGACAAACGUCAAGCAUUCAGCAGCUUUUGGAAUCAAUUUGGGAAAUGUUUGCACAGUGGAACCUGGGAAAUACAGAGUUGUUUUAAAAGCACAUCUAUAAAACCUUACCUGUUGUGAAAAAAAUAUCGAAAAAUGCUCAGAGCACCAAAUCGAGGUGUCUGCAAUAGUUUGUGUUGUGCAUUUAUUGCAUCAUGUUCAUUUUUUUAUUAUUUUAGUUUAUUAUUAAUUGUAUUUUAUUUUAUUUUAAAGAAGGGUGCAUGGUGGAGUCAGAUGGUUUUAUUUUCUAUGUUUAAUUUCAGACCGUUUUGGACAUUAUGAAAUGUCACUUAAAGACUGUACAUUUACAAUAUUUAUAAAACUAAAGAUUAUCACCAUUAUGCAAUAGACUGUGAUAUAAAGAUUACCUAUUUGUGUGUUGUACAUAGUUUUGUAGAUCUAGUAUUUACAAAGUAAUGUGUGGUGCAUUCUCAAACAUGGCAAUGUCUUAUCUCUGUCAGCAGCCUGGGUGUAAUGCCUAUAUAUAUAUGCAUAUAUAUAUUCAUAUGGUAAUAUGUGACUACAACCAUCAGAAACAAUCAUUAGAGAUAAGAUAACCUUAAUGCAAAUAGUAGCAUUACACUGUAGGAUUAGGGGCAAUAUCUAUAAAAAAAAAUAAAAAAUAAAAAAAAAUACAAAUUCCCUAAACAAAGCUGGUCGAAUAUAAAGGUAAAAGAGAUUACAGUGGCACAAAAAUGUGUUGGGGGAGGGGGGUAAUGCAUCAUCUGCAAAGCUUAAUGCAUUUCACCAAUGUUACAUCAUCAUUGAUGCUUUGUAAUCCCUAAAUGGGAAUCAGAUGUAUUUAUUUGAUCAUUUGCUGGUCAUAACACAAGGCAGCCGAUGACUGUGUGCAUACAGAAAAAAACUUUAAUGGUGUUCCUAUAAAUCAGUAUUAAUGGAUAUACACACAAUAAUCAAUACUACGGCAGCUCUGUGCAAUGCUUCAUAAUAUAUAAGUACUGUUCUUGUUUUGCAUUUAAAAUGGUUUUUAAUACUGUGAAAAAAAUGUCAAACUUAACCUUUAUUUUCAAUCAAAUGCUUAAGCUUUACCUUACCUUUGUUUCUAGUUUAAAAAAAGUAUGUCGACUUUAAAGCUGAAGUGUGUAAUUUUUUGUUAUUAAAAUAGCUAUUUUCUCCUAUCCCAGUUUAAUAUGCAAAAACAGCUAUAAGUAAGCCAUUUGUAGGUUGCUUUCCCCAAAAAGUGCAAACACUGUGUCGCUUUCAAAACAUUGCUUAAACUUCUGUUUGAGCAUUCUAACCAACCAAUGGCCUAAGUUUGGGGGCGGGACUAUCUGUUUGUCCAACCACUGGCCAUUAGUUUUGUAAUUCCAUUUGGAGGUGUUAGAAGAGCAGAAAUUACACUCUUUGGCUUUAAAGUCAAAGUUAUGCAACAUAAAAAUUGAUAAACUGAUUGUACUGCAAACACAUCGUAAUUACCUAAAUGGCCAGCAGACAUUAUUCCUUCUGGCAUUUUCUUCAAGAGUAAUUAUGCUUUUUCCAUAUCCAAUAACAUAUCAGAGAGGAUGAGGAGAUAUAUGAAGACAUUCAAAAAACAAAAUCAGAAGCUGCUUUGCAUUAAGGUUUCUAUCUCACCCGUAUGUCCAUUCAUUCUGGGGCUUGAGACUUUAAAAUACCACGUCAGCCAUGUAACACUGGGGUAAAAUGGAUUUGACAAGGAGUGAAUUGUAGCUUUGACUCGUUUUUUACUCCUUUGUCCGGUUUUAAAUUAUUCUUAUACAUCAGUUAGUUGCAGUCCUCUAAUCUGAUUGGAUAAUUGGCAUUCCAAGAGUGCGACAUGCAAUGGUUGAUCCUACUUUGGCUUCACUUGAAACUGUUUUCAUUAGAGGAGCAAAAAUAGACAAAACAACUAGCCACAUUGUGUCUAAAAUGUAAGUUAUGCAAUAUCAACUUCUGCUUUAUAGAAUUGAAAAGCAGUAUCGCAUUCGCAAUCGUGUUAUUAUACUGAAUAUAAGCACGACUCUGAUUCCAUUGGCCGAAUCACAGCAAUGCUAAUAUGCAGAACAAAAGCACUCUUGCUUAUGUGAUAUUCUUUUCAUUUUAAUACCUUUUGAUGUUAUAGAAUAAGCUUUGGACCGGACCUAUGCAAAGUCUAAAAGCCCCUUGCACAAUUUUUAAAAUACUAGAAUACUCCAGAAACCCACUUGUGUCAGUAAUGUACCAGUGCAAUUCCAUACUGCCGACCAUAAACGCAUGCAUUGUCACAAGUACUUAAAAGAGAAACUAUUUAAAAAUUUUGACGUUUAAAUGUAUUGUGAGAUUGUUUUAUUUUUUGUUUGUUUGUUUGUUUGUUGUCUGCCUAGACGUUAUUUGUGCGUAUCAGAAACAUUGACUUUUUACAAAAAGGACAUUCUUAAGUAUUUGUGCCUAAACUAUAGCCAUGUUUCAUCCUGUUCAUUUUAUGAGCAUCUCGUGUGCGCAUGCACUUGUGCACACGUGUAUGUAGACAAGUGUAUACAUGUAUGUUCAAUGUUUUCGAAGAACAAAAGCAAUGAAAAUGGCCAAACGCAUCAGAGUUAAAAAAAAAAAAAAAGGAUUGCUCUUUGCUAGCUGUGCUGUACGGCAAAGCAUCUGUGAAAACAUACUAGUGAAAAAACGAAGAAUAAUAUAUAUAUAUAUAUAUAUAUAUAUAUAUAUAUAUAUAUAUAUAUAUAUAUAUAUAUUCACAUUUAUCAAACAAGCAGUAUCAACAGAAAUUAUGAUAAAUCUGGAAUGGUUAAACGUGUGGAAAAUUAUACUGAAAGGUUGGAACUGACUUCACAGCCAUGAUGUUUGCUUUAGUAUAAUGAAACUGGCCAAAGUGAAACACUUGUGAAUUGCACUUUCAUUUUAGAGAGAGCGAGAGAGAAAUAUAGAAGCAAAUGAAACAUACACAGUAGUGGGAUUACUAAAGGGGUUACUGUAUCAUUUAGAAUCACAAUCUCUGGCCCCUGUUUUUUGACACCUACAGGAGGUACUGUGUUUUAAAAUACAUUAAAAAGCACUUAGAGGGGUAGUUCAACCAAAAAUGAAAAUUCUGCAGUCAUUUACUCACCCUCAUGUCAACCCUCAUGUAUGAUUUUCUGUCUUGCAUAGAACACAAAAGGAGAAGUUUAGCAGAAUGUUGCUCUUUUUCACACAUUUGUUACUAGAAGCUGUCAAACUCAGUCCCCAUUCACUUUAAUUGUAUGGAAAAGAGCAGGACAAACACCAUCUUUUUGUUGUCUAUGGGGCGGAAAAAAACAGAAAGGGUGAAUAAAUGCAGAAUUGUCAUUUUUGGGUGAACUGUCCCUUUAUCUCCUGCUAUGCCAUAGUGUAUAAAAACUAGUGUACAGUUAGGACGGUCAGGGGUACUCUGCUAUUUUUUAAUACUGUACUUUGCCUUCGGAGGGGAUGCUUCCCAUGUUAUUGUGCUUUUCCCUCUCAGCUUUAAACACUGUUUGAAUUCUGGAGUGGGUUAUCAUGGAGACAUUCAUACAACAAUACAUUUAAAUAAAUAAUGCAUACAUUUUUGGAUGAGAUGUUUAGGAAAACCAGCACAUAUUUCCGUAUGUUUUUUUUUUUACCACGUACUUGCUUUCAUGUGAUGGAAAAUGAGUGAUGCAAAGGGAACAGAGGAGUGACUUCUAAAUAAAGGGAUUCCAGGAUUCAGGUGAAAUUAUUUUGUUUGAUAUGUUCAAUGAUGUGAUGCAAGAUUUCAAAGAUGGAUGAUUCUAGAACAGGCAUCAAGCUAUUCUUGUUGUUUUUUUAUGCUUAUUCAUGUACACCAACAAUAAAAAUGGGGGCUCAUACAACACUAAAUAAAUAUAGAACAAAACAUGAACAAUUAGCUACUUGAUCCAGAAUAAAGAAAGGUAAAUGUAUACUUUCUUACACCUAUAUGCAGACAAACAGUGUUUGUCAAAAAAAAUUUGAUUUUCAUUUGUUUUAUGUUGUUUCUUUGUAAAUAAUAAACCUUUAAAAUAUAGACAAAAAAUAAAAGAUCUAUUGCCAUUUA